GGCGGAUAAGGAUUUUUGUUUUAUCACACACAUGGAACGAACGCAUUCAGUUGUCUCCGCGCGUUACGGCACGCCGCAUUCACAUCGUCGGAACGGAACCGAACGGCCCUAGCAGAGCUCGCUCAAAUUUCCAUCUGAAAACACACCGAAAGACAACCGGGAAGUUUCGGAUAGAUCGGGUUAUCGACGACAGCAAUAUUUUCUACCAUUGUUUAGAAAGAUAGUUACAUAACGCUUGCAAAACCACGGUUGUUUUCCCGGACGGAAAGAAUCGUGUUCCCCGGAUACGGUUUAAUAGUUUUUCAAUCACCGGAUAUAGCUCAAAAGUUGGAAUUCACGCUCAACUGGUUUUUAUGCAAAUGUAGAAACGAUAUCGUGGCUCUUGCUUGCCACUGACCAGCGGGAGAGAAAAAAGGAUUCACUGGAAAAAAAAUCUACACCCGUAGAAGCCGCCUUUUGUCCGACUGAGGAAGGCUUGUAGUGGUACCGCUUCCUAUUGUGCAACCAGAAACAGCUGGUGCAGUGUGCGGUGAAAAGACCCCGGAUGUACGUGUAGUCGCGCUAUCAUUCCUGUGGCGAGCACUGAGUGUGUCUGUGUGGUCCUCCCAGUUCACCGCAGACGCCACGUACCCUGUUGGAGCACCAAUACAGACAUUAUCGCAUUACGGCACGGCACCAUUGCAACAGGAACGGAACAGGUCGUCUGUUGAGGCCAAACCCCCCACCCAGGAGGCCCUCCGAGAGUGAGACAGAAAGCGAGAUUUGUGUUGUGUUGUUGGCUCAGUGUGGAUGAAUAACAGUGCCCGGAAAUAGAGGUGUCCGGUAACGUUAACCGGUUCCGAUCGUCACUUUUCCCGUUCCUUUUCCUCUUCCGAUACACACACUUUUCGUGACCUUUUUUGUCACCAUUGCCAUUGCUACCGACCGCACACAGAAGCGACACCACCGAUGGCUGCGGUCUAUUGUUUUCGGAACUGAGUCAACCAGAAGACACGAACGGACGGACGGUAGCCCCCUAAAUAAAUAAUUCUUUCCAGUUUUUUGUGUGGCCACCAUCCAGCCAAACCGAAGGACCCAAGGGAGCCCUCAACGGGAAGCGACGCAAGGACGUGCUUGUGUGGAGGUAUUUUCAUGACUGCUAUCAACCGGUGCUCUAACAAUAUCAAGAGACCUUUGGGAGCAGCAACAGAAAGGACGAGUGAGUGAAGAAAAAUUACCAACAAAAUUGAUUGUAUUCCACGCGUUUUUGUCAACAGUUGUGUCGUGAAUAAAGCAGUGUGACAGCUUCUUGGCGUUGGAACAAGGGACGUAGCAAAGGAGUGAAUAAUUUUGAUUGUUUUUCCUCUCGGAAGAAACGCGCGCGCGGGUCAAAGCUAUUGAUCGAUUUGACCGUGGUUGUCGCGCUCUCGGCAAGUGAAAGUGAAACACGUCGGAAGUACUUUGAAGCGAGAGAGUGGGGACAAAAAAUAGAGAAUAUUGUACAAUGUCCUGGCUUGCAGCGUGCCAUACGGAACUAGUGAUAUAGAUCAGUGCGCGACGGGGCUACAGUGUUGGCGAAGUUUGAAAGAAGCGACGGUGCGUCGGACAGAUACGACGGCGGCAGCGGCGGCUUAGAAACGGCACGGUUUGACGAGAAAGCUUUCAAAAUUCGUUUGAAAACUGGAAAGCCACGAGAAAACAGUCUCGACGACACAAGCCGCAUUAUGAUCGACAUAAAAAGUUCGCCCGAUUACUUGAAUCGGUCCACCGGUGGAUCGUUCGGCAACUUUUCAAUGUUACUCGCUGAUUCAUCGUACAAAUCAUCAUGGGGAUCACAUAGUUCAUCACAAAGCCAAGGAUACAGCUCAAACGCUCUCAGCAGCGUUAGCGUCGGGAAAACUUCAUUAGAUGCACAUUCACACUUUAGACAGCCAGAUCCAUAUCAGAUGUUCGGUCCCACCAGCAGUCGACUAGCUAGCUCAGGUUCAGGUCAAAUACAACUGUGGCAGUUUCUGCUGGAGCUGCUGAGCGACUCGGCAAACGCAGCCUGCAUCACCUGGGAAGGCACCAACGGCGAGUUCAAGCUUACCGACCCGGAUGAGGUGGCAAGGCGCUGGGGCGAAAGGAAAUCCAAACCAAACAUGAACUACGACAAGCUGAGUAGAGCGUUGAGAUAUUACUACGAUAAGAACAUCAUGACCAAGGUGCACGGCAAGCGUUACGCAUACAAAUUUGACUUCCAGGGGCUGGCCGCGGCCACGCAGCCCCAGACCGACCCGACCUACAAGUACCAGAGCGACCUGUUCAUGUCGCCGUACCACCAUGGGGCCAAGCUGAGUUCCUUCAUGAGCCCGCACCACAGCAUGACGUCAUCUUCCGCAUCCAUCUUCCCAUCGGCGGCAUCUUGGGGCAAUUGGGGCAGUCCUGCGACGAACCUCUACCCCUCGCACACGAUGUCCCACGUGACACCAUCCCACGUUGCACCGCAUCUCGGCUCGUACCCACACUACGCAUGACCAUCACCGACGACGACCAGCUCUGCCCAUCAUCAUCACCACUCGCAGGUCGACAACUUUGACAUCUACAAGAAGUUGUCCCCCUACGAAUAAUAGCAACAGCCGCAGCACAAUGCCGAGGCUGCCAGCGAACAGUUCUACAGACACAACCUAGAUAAAUGUAUUUUAGACCAUCUAAGCAAAUGUCUCAACUUUUAACUUUCCAAAGCCCAACAGAGAGGAGAAGCGGAGAUACAAAUAUUUUAAAGAUUAUACAAAACGGAAUUCCAAAUCAGUGUAUACUAGCAAUAUUUUUGAUGUAAAGAAAACGAAUCUCAUGUCGCAACUACGCAAAUGAAACAAACUAGUCUUCAGAUAAAGGAUCGAGUCAUCGUAGGUAUUGAAUUAUAAUGUAUAAAGCUAUUUUAUAUAUGUACAUAGAUAAAGGGACACGUUAGAUACAUUUUUUGUUUAUAAUUUGUGAUACGUAAAAGAUAAUUGGCAAGUAUUACCAAAACAAGAAAAUCUAGUCUUCUAUUUAUGUUAAACUCAUCGAACAAAACAGUGCAAAAGCAACUCUCUAGGAAAUAAGAAUCACCGAUAAGAAUUCUGUUCGAUUAGUUGUGAUGAUCAAUUCUCUGAAAUAUUUAUAAUUUCACGAAAAAGCAAAUAUUCGUACAUACAAAGACUGUGAUAGUUAACGACACUUGUUAAAAUUUUGUUCUCGCAACAGUUUUUACUCAAAUCGUCUACAACUAUUGAGGGAGAACUAUGUUUUACCACAAAGAUGAGAAUACAAUACCUUUACAUGUAAAUGAAAGUCUUAGCUCCUACAACUGUACAUAGCAAUAUUUAUACAAAACAGAACAUAUUCAAGACAAACAGCUAAACAAAUCAAGCAUAAAGUAAACUCAAUAAGAUCAAUUUCCAUGAAUGUGUUGUCGAGGUAAAUGUUAUUAAAUGAGCGUUAUCAUUGUUCGUCGAAACAUUUUCUUAUCAAAAGUAAUUGCUCUUCUGUAAAUAAAAUCAAUUGCGCUCGAUGUGAAAGAACCGAAAGGAAAAAAUCAACAAAAACCAAAAUCCAUCAAACAUUAUCACUGAUCAUAACUACUUUGUGUGAAGUUCAAAUGUAUCAAGUCUUAUUGAAGCAGACGGAUAUCAAAACUGAGUGAAAACAAAUUAAAAACAAAAUCUUACAAAACUAAUCGUCAUUGUGGCUGAAACUAGAAUAAAGAUCAAAUAACAAACAUAAACUCGUAACUGAAUGUCUAUUUUUCCCAUCUACCGGUACAUGUGUCUUUGUCCAUGUUCAAUGGUAAGAAACAACAGUCUGCAAGAAAAUUUUCUGGGCAAAGACAACAAAAUCGCUGUAAUACAAAUAUUAAAAAAUAAGAAUAUUACAUGUGUAAAUUGUGUGUGACAAAGCCGAAAAAAUAUAUUGAAAAUAAACAACCGAACAUAAAAUUCAGUUUUCAUUGUGUAUGAACUGGACAAAAUUAUAUACUAAUUAAAUUGAAAACCAACAAAUGCUAAUAAAUUCGUAUAAAUGUUUGAAAAAUAUA